ACCAUUAAUUAUUGAUUAAGAUACCAUAUAUAAUGGGAACCAAUAGCUUCACUCCUUCCACAUAUAAUCCAUAAAGCACUACUGGUCCCGUACCAAGUCUCUCUAUAAAAAAGACUUCAAAGUAGUUAGUUGUAUCUAGACCAAAGGAUCGUACUGGACUUUAUCCCUGAAUCCAUGAGCGGUGAUCGAGCCCACACAGAAAAGCGUAUGGAUCACCAGAUGCCUUGUUCGUCUUUUGGUUUGGCUGUUGAAACAAGCUCAAGCUCCUAUAGUGGUGGUUAUAUGUCAUCUGAUGAGGAAGAGGAAGACAUGGCCAACUGCUUGAUCAUGUUGGCUUAUAGCGACAAACCUACAAAUCUCGAUCAUCACUAUCAGAAAACCGACAAGCAGCUAAAACUUCGAAGUGUAACAGAGAUGACCACCUCCAAUUCUAGUUUACACAACUACGAGUGUAAAACAUGUAAUCGGGCCUUUCCAUCAUUUCAAGCCUUGGGUGGACAUCGAGCUAGUCACAAGAAACCCAAAAUUACCACUAUUGAAGACAAGAAUAACCAUUUUGGUUCCAUUAUUAAAACAGAACUUCCUAAAGAAGAUCACUUCCAUCUUCAUUACGAAGAAAACAAGACAAGCAACAACAAGAAGGGGAAAAUUCAUGAAUGCUCUAUUUGCGGAUCAGAGUUUCUGUCAGGUCAAGCUCUUGGUGGUCACAUGAGACGACACCGUGCACCUCUGCCUUCUACAAACCAAAUGAUCAAUAUUGAUACAAUAAGUCCCCUGCAUACUACCGAAAAGUCACAUGUUCUAUCUAUUGAUCUAAACCUACCAGCCCCGGAGGUUGUGGAUGAUGUCGUCCAUUCAAGUAAUCAUUUCACCGCGACUAGUUCAUCACAACGGCCUCUUGUCUUCUCCACCGUGGCAUUAGUUGAUUGCCAUUACUAACAAGAAAGGACAUGUUACACUCAGCCCAUAUGUAUCUAUAGUUAAGUUAACCCAAUUUAAUUAGUGGUUGAGGACAUGUAACACUCAUCCCAUAUGUAUUAUCUGUAGUUAAUCAAAUUAACACGAUUUGUGAUAAAUUACAGACUACUAGCUAUGUUAUCAUCUUAGAUACAUUUUCAAUCAUAUAUAGUUUUCUUUUAUUAUA